UUUUAUCGAUAAGCCCGCACAAAACACGUGUGUAUUUCUUUUUAUUUGUGAGCAGGCGUGUGGCUGGUAUUAAAAGUUUAAGUAAAGUCAAACAAUUGAAAUAAAUAUGGCGGACCUAUUGAAACUAACCGACGCUAUUGUAUUAGAGUAUAUACAAUCUAAGGACAAGAACCUGGCCAAGGUGUUCCAACAAAAGACGAAGGCAGCCACAGUGGGCAAGAACACGCCGAAGCUGAGUGAGAUCUUACAGUUUUACCAGACCAAGAGCUCGACAAAAAUUCCAGCAAUUAAGGCAGCAGCUGCUGAUAGUGACAGUGAUUCAGACGACUCUGAUGAGGCUCCAGUGCCGGCGAAGAAGCCAGCCGCUGUUGCGUUGACAAACGGCAAAGCUGCUAAGGUGGUCAAGGCCUCGAGCAGUGAUGAUAGUUCCUCAGACGAAGAGCCACCAAAGAAGCCAGCAGUGCCAGUAAAGGCCGCUCCGGCCAAGAAGGCUGCUGCUUCCUCCAGUGAGGACAGCGACGACUCUGAAGAGGAUAAGAAACCAGCUGCCGUGGCCAAGACACCAGUCAAGACAACUCCAGCCAAAAAGGCGGCCUCCAGCAGCGACGACAGCAGCUCCGAGGAGGAAACGGCCAAACCAGCGGCCAAGGCAGCAGCAAAGCCUGCGCCUGCCAAGAAGCCCGAAACCUCCAGUGAGGGUAGCGAUUCCGAUGAGGAGCCAGCCAAGAAGAAGCCUGCACUUGCCCCGGCCAAGACAGCUGUGGUCAAGCCCGCCACCUCUUCGAGCGAAGAGGACUCCGAGGAAGAAGAAAAGCCGGCAGCAAAGGCUCCAGCUAAGGCAGCCCCCAAGAAGGUUGCUGCUUCCUCCAGCGAAGAUAGUUCCUCGGAGGACGAGGCACCCAAGAAGGCAGCUCCAGUGAAGGCAAGUCCAGCCAAGGCUGCUCCAGCCCAGAAAGUCGAUUCGUCCAGUGAGGAGAGCGAUUCCGAUGAGGAGCCACCCAAGAAGGCGGCUGCCCCAGCCAAAUCAGCUGCAAAGGCCACUCCGGCCAAGAAGGUAGAGUCAUCCAGCGAUGACAGCGAUUCCGAUGAGGAAGAGCCAGCCAAGAAGCCUGCUGCCAAGCUGGCAGCCAAACCCGCUGCUACUCCAGCCAAGAAGGCAGGUGAAUCCGAAGACUCUUCGGAUGAUAGCGAGAGCUCUGAGGACGAAAAGCCCAAGUCUAAGGCCAAGCCUGCAGCUAAGCCCGCAGCCAAGCCUGCAGCCAAGGCUGCAGCAAAGCCUGCAGCUAAGGCGGCCAAAUCGAGCAGCGAAGACUCCUCCAGUGAUGAUGAGGCUCCUGCUGCUGUCAAGCCGGCAGUGAAGAAGACUGCGGCACCGGCCAAGAAGGACGACUCCUCCUCGGAUGACUCUUCCGACGAGGAGAAAGCACCAGCUGCCAAGAAGCCAGCGGCCAAGAAGGCCAAGGAAAGCAGCGACGACAGCGACAGCGAUGACUCCGAAGAGGAGAAGCCUAAGGCCAACGGUGACGCCAAGGCUGGCCAGAAGCGCAAGUUCAGCGGCGGGGAUGAGGAGGAGGCCACACCCAACAAGAAGUACAACAACUUUGUCAAAUCGGGAGACCAAAAGCAGAAUGGUUUCACCUCCACUCCCAACAACCACAACAACAGCCACAAUAGCAGGCAGUUGAACAGCAGCGGAGGCGGUGGUGGGAGUGGCCGACGUCGUUCUCCCUUCCGUCGCGUGCGGACAGAGGAGGUUCUCGUCGAUGCCCGAGUCCAAGACAUGUCCUUUGAGGCCAAGAAUGGCGACGGCUUCAAGAAGCACAACGGACGCGGCGGACGUGGAGGCUCCGGCUUUGCCGGACGUCCGGAUCGCAGCACCUGGGAGAGCAACAAUCAGAACGGCGGCGAGGAAGGCGGCGAGGGCGGUGGAUUCAAGAAGAUGGGCGAUCGCCGUAGCUUUGGUGGCUUUGAUAAGAAGCCAUUCGAGGGACGUGGCGGUGGACGCGGUGGCGGCUUUGGCGGUGGUCGUGGAGGUGACCGCGGCGGCGGCGGCUUUGGCGGUGGCCGUGGAGGCGACCGCGGCGGACGCGGCUUUGGCGGACGUGGUGGUGGCGGACGCGGAGGCUUUGGCGGUGGACGUGGAGGCGACCGCGGCAGCUUUGGAGGAGGGCGUGGAGGCGACCGCGGCGGACGCGGCUUUGGUGGCCGUGGCGGCGGCGGGCGCGGCGGCGGUUUCGGCAACAAAUCCUUCGACUCCUCAGCGCCGAAGCCAAACAAAAAAAUCACCUUCGACAAUUAGAUCUAGUUAAGUUCUCCCUCCCUCCCCCCACCCACAAGCACGUACACACACAAACGCGCGCAGAUGUAUGCAGAUUUGUUAU